AAAAAUACUGGCAGUCGUCGCUGGUAUCAUUUCGAACAGGCUCUUCAACUGGCAGUCCAAAGGGCUGCGCACAAAUGGACUCAGCUAUGAGGAUUUUGCGGAGUGUUUUCCGCAAUACGUCGAGGAAGAUAAGAAUGGUUCAUCCACUACCUUUAAUUCGAUAGCAGAAUACAUUGAAACCGAAUGCCUUCGCGAUCUCGAAAAAUUAUUCGAAGAAUACAAGGUACAAGAGAACGUGGAUACACUCCAUCGGAUCGUCAACGAAGCGAAAGAACGUGCCAAUUCUGGUAACAAUACGAGGAAUGACGUGUGGAGAGAGCACCUUCAACCACGAGCUGCUACCACUGCGAGGACUGCUCCUCUUUUAGAAGCCGAGGCUACGAGACUACGUGAGGUUUUGGCUACGAUGCAAAGCAGAACUGCACGUAUACAAGCCGAACUUGAAGAGACUGUGAAGGCUACAGAGGAAGCGGAUGCACGCGCCAACGGCCUUCUUAAUCAGCUGGACUCUGUCCUUCAGAAAUGGAACGACGUACCGUUGGAGAAGAUAGAAGCUUGGACAGUCCAAACUCUGGAAGCCUCCCAGCCCGUUCAACCCCAAUAA